UUGAAAAAGUACUUAUUGUUUUAGCGUUAAGAAAAAAAGUUAUAGAAAAACAAAAUAACCGCUUUACGCAUAUUGCUCAUAGCCAAGUGCUUAAGCUGCAAGAUGGUUGGGAUAAGUGCAAUGCGUUCUUUGCUUUUCUGGCUUUGUAUGGCGUCAGCCACUCUGGAAGCUCUAGCAGGCGCUGGGGCUGGCACGGGCGGCGAGGCGACAACAACGCAAAAUGCGCUGCUGGCAGCGACGGCAAAGCAAGAACAACAAACUUCAGGUAAACAGCUGCCCGUGUGUGGACGCAUGUUGCGGCAUAUUUUUGUAAAUGCCACGCCGCGCGACGAGCAGCAGGCAGGUGUGUUUGAGGAGUACAAGGCAGAGGUUACUGAGGCGGGUCAGGUGAUGGACGAGGAGACGUAUUUGUGGAGCUGCCUGGAGUCGUGCUGUGAGAAGUCGCAACGUGGCAAUCAGAGCAGCGGCUGCAAUGUGGUCUUGGUGUUUAAGCGCAAAUGUUACCACAUACGCUGCGAAACCAACGAAGCUUGUCUGCCCAAACAGCUGCCCAGAGAGCGAGAGAGUGAAAAGGUGCAAAUGGUGCUGGUUAAUCCUGUAGGCGAUGGCACUGUCAGCUGGCCGCAGUUACUCAAAGCUUCAGCGGCAGCGAAGCAAAAUGACGAGAUUCUGCCCUAUGAUCCCGAGCUGGCGGCGCAGAGUGCGCUAAACUUCUGGAAGCAGCCACGUCGGCUACAGUUUCAGGAGAGCAAUGUGUACGAGGAUGACGAGUUUCCAAUGCAGGAGAAACGCAUGAAGCAGCUGUUGAUGCAACCCACCGAUGAGAACGAUGAAGAGCUGAGCUACUACGCCGGCGCUGAGCUGGUGGCCUGUGAUCUGGACACACCCUGUCCGCAGCAGCAGGAGCAGUGCGUGCCGCUGCAGUCCAAUGCAGUCACAGGCAUUUGCAAUUGCAAGCACGGAUUUGUGCGCAACAAGCGGCGGCAGUGCGUCAUGACCGCAGUGCCCUACAGCAGCUACUACAGUAGCAAUGAGGCAGCCGUACCAGGAGAUAGCCAAGUGGCCGCCGCCAGUGAGCAUAUAACGGAGCAACUGCUGUCAAGUGCAGUAACAGCGGCAAAAAGCGAAGCACGCAAGGAGAUUGUGGUGUCGGUAAUGUCCAAAGAUGUGCAGUUGCCAGAGCAGGAGGUUACGCUCGCCGCUUUCACAGUGCCCGAUGAGCAGACAAGCAACACCAAGUACAAGUAUCUGUGGACGCUUAUAUCGCAGCCCAAGGGACCCAUGAAUGGCACCAUAUCCGAUCAAAGCAAAUCCAAAGUGAAGCUAUCCAAUCUGUCCGAGGGUCUGUACACAUUUAAAGUCACAGUGACAGGUGAUAAUGGCACCUUUGGUGAGGCAACGGCCAAUGUGACGGUGCUGCCAGAAAGACGCAUCAAUCAGUCGCCGCAGGUGAUCAUCACGCCACGGGAACAAAUUAUACGACAGCCCACAUCGAAUGCGGUGCUGGAUGGCAGCACUAGCACGGAUGAUGACAAGAUCAUUAACUGGCACUGGGAAGUUAUCUCCGGACCCAUUGGCUAUCAGCCGCAGCUGCCGGAGGUGAACACACUGCAGCUCGAUCUCACCUCACCAGGCAACUACACCUUCAAGCUAACCGUAACCGACUCCAACAAUGUGACCAACUCCACCACGGCCAUGAUCAGUGUGCUAAAGGAAACGGACUAUGCGCCAGUGGCUAAUGCGGGAGAUGCUGUCAUACUCUAUUUGCCCAACAACAAUGUCACGCUCAAUGGCACUGCCAGCUCGGACGAUCAUGAGAUCGUUGCUUGGGAGUGGACCAAAGACGCUAGCGACGAGGCCAAAGCAGUGGAUAUGCAAAAUACGCGCACGCCCUAUGUGCAGCUGUCCAAUUUGGAGGAGGGCAUGUACACGUUUGUGCUGAAGGUAACCGAUGGCAGCGGCCAGUCCAGCACGGCCAAGGUGCAUGUGUUUGUCAAGCCGCCGAGCAACUCGCCGCCCGUGGCCAAGGCGGGCGCCAAUGCAACAAGCAGCUUGCCGCUCAAUUGGGCGCUGCUCAACGGCUCCGAGUCGAAGGAUGAUAUUGGCAUAAAGAGCUAUCUAUGGAAGCAGCUGGCUGGACCCAAUCAGGCGGUUAUACUGAAGGCAAACAGUUCGCUGGCAAAUGCUACAAGUCUCACCUUGGGUCUGUACGAGUUUCAACUAACCGUGGCCGAUGAGAACAACAACACUGCAGUGGACAGCACUUGGGUGAAGAUUGUGCAAGAACGCAAUGCAGCGCCUAUAGCUAACGCUGGUGGAGAUCGCACCAUCACGUUGCCAGUCACGGCUAUAUAUCUGAAUGGUUCGCAGUCCUGGGAUGAUCUUGCUGUGGUCAACUACUCGUGGACGCGUGAGGAGAGCAGUUUGGCAGCAGGCAGCGUUAUUGGCCAUACAGACAAGCAGCCCAUAAUGAUUCUAAGCAAUGUGGUGCAGGGACGUUAUGUCUUUAAGCUGACGGUCAGCGAUGAGCAGGGACUCAGCAGCACGGAUACGGUGAGCAUCAAUGUGCAUGCUGAUCCUUUGCUGCCGUAUCUGCUGCAAGUGACGCUGCCCAUGGGCAUCUCAGUGCUGACGCAAAGCGAAGUGGACUCUAUAGUGCAGAAGCUGCAGCUGCUGCUGGGCGAUGAGAACAAGAUACAGAUACGUGAGCUCAAGUACGAGCUGCAUACAGCGGCACCUGUGCUGGUGUUCUAUGUGCAGGCGAGCGGACAAUCAAAGCCAGUGAACGGUUUGCAUGUGGAGCGCUUGCUGCGCAGCAAGCAGCAAAAGGAUGCCUCCAUACUGGGCGCACUCUUUGUGGACAUUCGCACAACAGUUUGCCAAAACAAUUGCUCGGGACAUGGCAACUGUAACCCGGCGAGCAGAGCCUGCAUUUGCGAGGCGUUCUGGAUGCCCUCGUUGGGUUAUUUUUGGGGCAGCGAUGAAGCCAAUUGUGACUGGUCCAUACUCUAUGUAUUUGUAUUUGUCAUCGCUGGCUGUCUGAUGCUCUCGGGUCUAUUUUGGGGCAUUGCCUGCGCCUGUCGUCAAAGCAAAAAGCCGCGACUGCGACAGAAGGUGCAAAAGUAUGCGCUCAUAGGCGCGCAAGAUGAAGAAGCUGCCAACUAUUCGCGCAAUACCUCGCUUACCGAAUCGGAAACGGAUUCGGAUGUUCUCUUCGAAACGCGCUCGAAGAGCAACGGCAUAGGCAAGCACAAGUCCCGUACUGGCGCUGGCACUGGAGCUGGCUCAUCAUCGUCCUCGAUGCGUGAUGGCCAUAAGUAUGCUGUGACUAAGCUGGGACGCAAGAUCAAAGCCUAAAUAAAGAAUAACCCCCAAGUCGAACUUACAAUUAGUCUGUGUGCAUGUGUGUGUCUGUGUGAUAUAUAUACAUGCAUUUGUGUAUUGUCUAUUUAUGUAUACAAACUAAACUAAACUUUGCAAAUUUUAUACUUGCCGCGCCCCUAUGUUUAUUAUUUUUAAGCGAUAUAUAUUUUAUAUAGCAUGUAUGUUCCUUUUAUUGUGAUACGCGCGCACACAACAAAAACUUUGAUUUUUUAAUUCUAUGUUUUUAU